AUGGUCAAACAACAAGCAUCAAAAAAGUCUUCCGCAUCCUCUUCCAUGAUGGAUAAAAUUAAAAAAGUUGAAAAACAAAACAAGAUGAAAGGAAAUAAUCCUCCGAUUGCUACAUCUCAAGGAAAUAAUGUAAAGAAUAAUAAAAAGAAGGAAAAGAAGAACCAAUCAACAGAAGCUUUAUCCACUGCUCCGAUCAUACCAUCGGAAAGCAAGGAAACGAAAAAGAAGCUAUCAAAAAAAUCUCUCAUGCAAGGUGAUGAAAUUUCAAAUAUUUUGGACAGAAAAAAGAAGAAACCAGAAGAAGAAGAAAAUCAAGAAGAAUCUAAAGAAGAAGAAUUUUCCGAACCUGCAAAAAUAGAUGACAUUUUUGAAUCUGUCAAGAAUGAAAUAAUGGAGAAAAACAAGAAAUUGAAACAAGCUAAAAAGGCUGCCUUGUCAUCCUCUUCAUCAUCGGCAGCUGAUGAUUUAUUUGAGAGUAACGAAGAGUUUGCCAAUCAGAAGAAACGAUCAGGAAGAAAAACGAUUGACGGAUUAGCCGUGUAUUCGGUGGAUGAAUUGAAAAUUGGAAAGGGAGGAAAUACAGAUUUGUGUCCAUUUGAUUGUGAUUGUUGCUUUUAA